AUGGACACUGACCAGGGAGAUUCGCUGGAGCAGCUCGAAGCACAGCUAGAUAGUAAAUCACUGGAAAAUCUGUCCAGUUGUCCAUCGAUCAAUUUGGACACUCCAAAGAACUCCGAGAUGGAAGACAGCGACGAGGACGAUCGAGUAAGCGUCACUAUCAAGACAUCAAGGGGAUCAACCGUUGCAAAUCCGGAACAAUCUCAGCAAAUGGACCGAAUCAAGCUGAGUGGUGCCGGUAAAAAGCGACUGAAAAAACUGCUAGAUCAGGGCUAUGACAAAGACGAGGCCUAUCGCCUUGCCUACAGGCCAAGCGUGCAGUCAGAACCAUCGAAAAGGCCUAGAGAUGACCUAUCGAGUGGUGAGAAGCCACAACCCAAAAAGACAAAAGGGACAUCAACACCAACGGGAAGGCCGCACAAAGACCAUUCUCGAAAAUCCCUAGCCACAUCAUCGGUGAACAUCCGGCUGCAACGGCAAAGAGAUCCAAACUUCCAAGAUGGAAGGGCAGAGGCAGAUGCUGUCCACAUGCAACCCGGUACCUCGAAAGUUGCGAACAAGAAGACAAACGAAGACGCUGAACGCUCCAAACCCGGGAAACUGUGAGUCCCAGGUAAACAGGCUAAAGCUGGAAGUUGCAGUCAACUCGGGAAUACGAAGGUCCCAGAUAGGAAAACAGAGGCAGCAGCAGGGCGAAGUCAACCCGGGAAACCGAAAGUCCCAGGCACGAAGCAAAAAGCAAAAACUGCUCAUACUCUACCCGGGAAUAUUAAAGUCCCUGGUAAGGUGGCAUUGGCAGUAGCUG